AUGAUGAAGGUCUACCAGAAUGUGCAGUUUAAAACUCUCGACGGCAUCUACCUUCGUGGAAGACUGUAUGCGGCCGCCCAAAAAGGUCCAGCGGUAAUUCUUUGUCCCGGGUACAACUCCGUUGUAGACUCUUUUCCGGAAACUGUCCCAGAGGAGUUCCAAAAGGCUGGCAUCACGGCUCUUUUGUAUGAUCCGCGAAAUACAGGCAAGAGUGGUGGCUUCCCACGCAACGACAUCGAUCCUUUCAAGCAGGUAGAGGACUACUCAGAUGCUUUCUGUUACCUGACCACUCUUCCCAUCGUGGAUACUAAAGCUAUUGUGUUCUGGGGUAUAUCUCUAUCCGCCGGGAUUGCGCUGUCUGCUGCAUCCCUAGACAAGCGCAUUGCGGCGGUCAUUGCAAUUGCCCCGGUGUUCAAGUUUCUACCAGUUACGGAGAAAGAUGCGCGCCGACUUAAGACUAAGAUGAUAAAAGACCGUGAAUCCCAGCUGCUCCACGGGAACCCUCCCUAUGUCCUGCCCAUCGCAGAGUCCUUGGCUGAAAUCCCCUUCAAUUCACACGUCAAUGCCAAUCGCGGGGACGAUGAGGAGCAGAGAAAGCGAGCGGAAGAACAGCAGAUGCGCCAGCAGCAGGAGCGCUGGAAAGAAGAAGCAGUCGAGGCGAAUCAAGAGUUUGACGAAAAAUUGAUUCAUAAUCCGUAUGGAACGACUAUCCAGUCUUAUCAUCGGAUGUUCCUCUUUGAGUCUAUCCCAUUAUCAAUGGUAAAAGGUGUCUGGCCAACGCCCGUCAUGUUUCUCACUCCUGAGAAGGACCAGAUUUCACCACCUCAGCACCAGAUCGAGGUGUUCGAAUCGCUACAGGACCCUAAGCGUCAGGUGUUUGCGCCGGGCAAGGAGCACGUCUACGUGUUGGAGGGUUCGGAUGUACCAUUUUUGAUGAAAUUGCAAGUUGAGUUCCUCUGGCAAGCAGUGAGAGGCCGUCUGAAGGCUGCUACGUAG